AUGACAACCACAACUGUAGCUCCUACGACAACCACAACUGCAGCUCCAACUACAACAACUGUAGCUCCUACGACCACCACAACUGCAGCAAUUACUACGACAACUACAACCGAAGCUGCUACGACAACCACGACUUCAGCGCCUACCACAACUGCAGCUCCAACUACAACAACUGUAGCUCCUACGACCACCACAACUGCAGCACCUACUACGACAACUACAACACCUACUACGACAACCACAACACCUACUACGACAACCACAACACCUACUACAACAACCACUGCAUCUCCUACAACAACUACAACUGUAGCUCCUACGACCACCACAACUGCAGCACCUACUACGACAACUACAACUCCUACUACGACAACCACAACACCAGCUCCUACGACCACCACAACUGCAGCACCUACUACGACAACUACAACACCUACUACGACAACUACAACAGCUCCUACACCACUGCAGCUACGACAACCACAACAACUACUACGACAACCACAACACCUACUACAACAACCACUGUACUGCACUCCUACAACAACUACAACUGUAGCUCCUACGACAACCACAACUGCAGCACCUACAACAACUGUAGCUCCUAACCACAACUGCAGCACCUACUUCACAACUACAACUGCAGCACCUACUACGACAACUACAACCGAAACUGCUACAACAACCACGACUUCAGCACCUACUACGACAACUACAACACCUACUACGACAACCACAACACCUACUAUGACAACCACAACUGUAGCUCCUACGACAACCACAACUGCAGCUCCAACUACAACAACUGUAGCUCCUACGACCACCACAACUGCAGCACCUACUACGACAACUACAACCGAAGCUGCUACGACAACCACGACUGCAGCACCUACUACGACAACUACAACACCUACUACGAAACCACAACACCUAGCUCCAACAACCACAACUGCAGCUCCAACUACAACAACUGUAGCUCCUAACCACAACUGA